GAGCGUUUCGUUUGCUUUGCUUAUUUGCUUUCGAUUUCGAUUUGAUCAGAUGUGCUGUGCGUUGAUAUUUUAUUAUAAGUUUAUGUUUGUAAUUUAAAACUUCGAUAAUAGUUUCUAACUUUUUCACACUAACUUUAAUCGAAUCAAUUUAAUUGUGCUAAAUAAAAUAAGAAAAGUAUAGAAUUAUGCCUACAGGAGAAAAUAUUGAGCCUGCUGGUGGUCGAGUAACUCGUUCUCUCCGAAAACGUUUAACAUCUAUUGACAGUGAUGCACCCAGCAGGCCUGGAACUCCUGUCAAUGUAAAUCUUCAAACAAUUCCAGAGACAAAUACUCCAAAAAAACGUGUCACUCGCCGAGCUUCUUUAAGCCAUACCCCAUCAACAUUAACACCUUCCAAAGAAGUUACCAAUACCCCUGGUCGUCGGCUUACUCGACGAAGUAGUGUCAAUUUUUCAGAAUCAGAUGACCAAUCAAUACAACCACCAACAAUUGCAAAACCAACUAUUACUGCUGUCAAAGAAGAAGAGCCCGAAGUCGAAACUCCAAAAGAGAAACCGAAACGAGUAUUACGUUCGACUUCGAAAUCUCCCAAGGAUCAACCAAGAAGUACAAAGAAAAAUAGUAAUAAAACACCGAAAAACAAACAAACAAAUCAACACGAGCAAGAACUUGAAGACGAAAAUAUCAUUGUUUUAGAUGAUUCCAUUGAUAAUGUGGCUUUAAAAAGUUCCAUGAAAAAAUCAAGAGUUUCGAUUAAAAAAGAGAAUCUAAGUAUUACCGAUAUGGAAAAGGAAAACGAAUCAACUCCGAAAAAGAAAUCUCCAAACCUAUCAACUUCGGGAAAUAAUUCAAGGAGAAAAAGUAUCAAUAUUGAAACACCCAGUCCAAGUAAAAAAGCAGAAGAUGAGACGCCAGUUAAAUCCGCAUCAAAGAGAGAUUCUAUACGAAAACAAAACACCCCAGAGCAAGUAAUAUCUGAAAAAGGUAGUGGAAGGAAAAGCAAAAGUGCUCAAAAAGAAAAACAAUCAAGUGAUGCUAAAAAAUCGCCAUUGGUCUUUGAUAAAAUAGAAACAUCAGGAAAAAGUCCUUCUAGAAAAAAUCUCUCUUACAUCCCUGCAGAGAGAGGCGUUGCACGACUUAGCCUUUCGGAUACUAAAAAUCAAUCCAGUCCAGCAAGGUCUGUCCAAUCGGCCAAGAAAAGUCCAGCUAAGAAAAACCAUCCAGAACCUUUAAAAAACGUUGCAUUCAAUGAAGAAGAAGACGAAAAUAAAGUUAAAAGUGUAUACCCAAAGACACCGGGUUUGGUUAAGAGCAAGAGUUAUAUUCUAGAUGGAUCAUCAAAUGAUGUCGAUAAAGAUGAUACUUACAAAUCUAGAAAAGAUCAGUCCUUUGAAGCAAACAACGGCACAAAAUCUGACAAAGAAAACUCAGAUAACGAAGAAGAAAUUACAGGUCUUGACUCAAAAACACCCUACAAAUUGAAACUAAAGGCAGUUGAAAGCAGCACACCCAUUCAAAACUCCCCGCAAAAGCAGAACAAAACAUCAGAUCUCCAGGAACAACAAAAAGAGAAAUCGGCUAAGGGAGAAGAACAACAUGAAGAAGGAGUUAUUGCUUUUCCCAAGUCCUGGACUAGCUCUGUGUCUGGAUCUGUUGCAAAUACUUCGAAAAUCGAUUGUAUUCUGCCUGAGAAAUCGUUGGAAGAAAAACAGAUACUGGAAAAAACCAAUAAAUCACAAAGUAAUUCAUCAAAGAACAGCAACACAAGUAACAAGCGUUCUCACGAUCCAGACGUUUCUGAAGCCGAAGACGAUAUGCUCGAAGAAGACUGUGAAGACUAUGAUGAUGACGAUGAAGAAAACAACCAAAAUGCAGAAAAAACUAUAUUCCUAGAUGAUGAAGCAAUGGAAGUUGCUGAUGGUGAAGAAUCUAUGGACUCCGAAGAAAGGGCAUACUUGGAAGAGAACGAAGUUCCAGAAUAUGGUGAAUCAAUUGGUAGUCAGGACAGUGAAGAAGAUGGUGAUGAUUGUGAUGAUGAGCCAGACGAAGAUGAUGCUUCAUUUGUAGUUUCCGAUGAUGAAGUUGUCGAAGAACUUCUAAGCUCCGAAGAUGAAGUCGAAAUGAAAUUAAAAACAACCCAACAAAAACCAUACAAACGAAUUUAUCAAGAGACUCAAUCAUCAGAUGAAGAAGAAGUUGCACCUGGCAAAGAUGACACUGACUUUUGUUUGUUGGUUGAUUCUUCAGCAGAAGUGGGUGAUAAAUCUUUAAAUAAGUCAUUGAAAAAUAAUUCUGCUGAUAUCAAAACCAAAUCGACCAAAGACAAAUCUCUGAAAGAAGUCAAUGUUGAGAAAGAAGAAGAUGUUUCCAAAAACAAAAAUGAAGAUAAAGACGGUGCAGUUGAAUCACCUACUCAAGAUAUUAGUGAAAAUAAUACUUCUAAGAGGGUUUCAAGGAAAUCUGAAAGUAAAAGCAAGGCUGAUGUUGAAGAUAUUCCAUCAGAAGAAGAAAGUAAGCUCAAGCUAUCUGUUGACGAUAAUGAUUCAGAUACAGAUAUGCAAGAAGAAGAUGAAGAAAAAUGCCAAAAGAAGCCAGAAGCAUCAUCAAAUGUUGAAGAGGUAAAAGAAACCAGUCUACAGAAGUCACCUAAAAAGAAUAAUAAUAAGUCGCCAAAACGUCUCACUCAGUCUCCAAGGAAGAAAUCCUUAACAACCGAAGAUUCAGCUUGCGAAGCAGAUUUUGAACUUAUCACUGAAACAUCAUUGAAUAAAUCACGAAAAUCCAUAAAUCCAUCGGAUAAUUUGGAAAAUCUCAACAAAAGUGUGAGGAAGUCCUUGAAUGAAAAGACUAACUCGAAAGAUGAAUCGAAAUCACUAUUGAAAUCGCCGAAAAAGUCAAGGAAACUAAGUACUGCUGAGAGUGGUGAUACUAGUGAUGAUGACUUACAGAAAAAUGAGCAACAACAAUCACCACAAAAGAAAAGACUUACUAAAUCCCCAAAACGAAAAUCAAUAACUGCAACUGCCCAAGAUGAAAGCGAAGAUAAUAAAAACCAAUUAAACACCACUAAAAAUUCAAGAAAGUCUGUGACUAGAAAAUCGAUUAGUAUUUCAGAAAACGAAGAAGCUCACAAUGUUAGUCGAAGGAAAUCUGUAGCAAAAUCUGAUUCAUUAAAUGAGGCAAAAGAAAACUCUAAAUCUCGAAAAUCCUUGAAUGAAUCCAGAAAAUCACUGAUUCGAACCUCAACCGAAGAAACAAAUGACCCUGAAGACCAAAGUACAGUGGAAAAAACAAAACUUUCAUUAGAUGAGGGAUCUGAACCAGAGGAAACAUUGUCAGCUUCUGAAAAUCCAUUGGAUUCUUCUGCUGGAAAGUCGCUCAAUUCUUCGAAAAAGGCAAGAAAAUCCUUAGACAGAAAUAGUUUGCAAUUGAAUGAAUCGUCAAGCGAGCUCAACAAAUCUAAGCGACGAAAGUCAAUUGCUCAGCAAAGCAUUAUUGAGAAGGCACAUGAAAGUUCAUCUGAUUCUCAAGAAGACGAUAAUAAAGAACAACUACCGCAUGUAGAAGAGUUAAAUAAAUCAAACCGCAGAAAGUCAAUUGCUCAGCAAAGCAUUAAUGAUAAAGCACAUAAAGAUUCAACUGAUCCAGAAGAUGAAAAUGACGAACAAUUGCCGCCUGUAGAGUUAAAUAAAUCAAACCGCAGAAAGUCAAUUGCUCAGCAAAGCAUUAUUGAGAAAGCACAUGAAAAUUCAUCUGAUUCUGAAGAAGAUGAGAAAGAAAAACAAAACGAGUUAAAUAAAUCAAACCGCCGGAAGUCUGUCUCUCGAAACAGCAUAACCUCAAAAGCUAUCAUCGAAAGUUCUGUUGAUUCAGAAGAAGAGAACCACGAAAAAUCAUCUCCUGAAAUAACUGACAAUGAAAUGGAAAGUGGUGACGAAGGUGGAGCCCAAUUUUCUAAUGAUGAUGAAGAAGAAAAUGUCGCCGAAAACAACAAACAAUCAACUUCAAAAUUCUUGGAUGAAAAUCAAGGAAACAAAUCAUCACUUAAUCAGAGUUCCUCUUCGCGUAGAAAAUCAAUCGCUGGCAAUGAAAGUAAAUUAGACGAAACUUUCCAAUUGGAUCCAAAAACUAGCCUAUCGUCUUCGUUGCACGAAACGUUACAUCGCAAUGUUCUGAGAAAGUCGCUUAACCAAAGUCACAAGCAAAAGAAAGCAGACAGUGAUUCUGAAGAUGAAAAUAAAUCCUCCCAAGAAGAAGAAACAGAAGUAAAUAUGAAACAAAAAAUUGUUUCCGAAAAGGGUUUGAGUGUAUCGUUGAAUAGCAUUCAAAUAAAAAAGAAAAAGCUCAAAGAAGCUAAAGCAAUUCGUAAUUCCUUCACAAUUGGUGUUUCUGUUCGAAAGGAACCAUCCGACGAUGAGGAUUCAUCAGAAGCUGAGCCUAGUGCUGCUAAACAACAUUCUGCGAAAAAUGCCGCUUCUUCGUCGUCAGAAAAUGAUGAUCAAUCAGACCAAGAUCAAAAUUCAUCUUCAUCAGAAGGUAAACUUCUUAAUUUAAGCGAAGAAGAUGUUUUGGAAAAAGUCAAAGAUGUCCAUCAAGUUGGUGCCUACAAGCCAAGAAAAUCAAUGGGCACUUCAAUCAUACGACCUGCUUCUCCAUCAGAUGCUGAUAACAAGCAAAAGAAGCGAAUCAAACGUACAAGUCUGUAUCUUCAAGAUGAAACUGCAUCCAAUUCGUUUGUUGAAAAUCUAGCCGAAGAAAGAAAGAAAAUCAGUGAGAAGAAGAGAAAAUCAAAUAGUUUCUGUGGUGUUAUUGCACCAUCAUCGGCUGAUGGAGAUGAUAAAGAUGAAGGGAUUAAGGUGAAAGAACCAAGGUCAGAGAAAAAAUUAAAGAAAACUUUCGACCCAGAAGAAAAAGUCGAAACUGUUCAAAAUGUUCUCAGUCGAUGUGAGCAAAUGAUUGAGGCUGCAAAUGAAGCGAAACGUAAAGCUAAACUUCAAGCUAAGAAGGUUAAAGUUAAGAAACCAAAAUGGAUGGACAAAGAAGAAAAAGCCACGAAAGAAACAGAAAAGGAAGUAGAAAUUCCAUUGGUCAGUAAAAAGGAAAUCAAACGGAAGGAAAAAAUGAAGAAGGAGCUAGCAAAAGCUCUUAAACAAUCAGCGUCUGUUCUUACUAAAGCUAUGGAUCCAAUACCGAAAGCUAAACAGCCAAAACUUGAAACCACUAAUAUCAAUCCAUCAAAACGAUUAGAAAUGGAGUUCCUAGAUUCACUUAUGGAACUAUCAAAUGCCAAUAAGAAAAAGGCAAAAGAAAUUGAAACAACUCCACCAUCUGAUAAAGAAAAUUCAAAGAAAAAAUCCAAUAAACAGAAAUACAAAAUCGAAAACAUACACAAAAGAAUUGAAUCAGACAUAGAAACAUUAGAGACUGCAUGUGGAACAGUUCGUGUUGAGCCAUCAACUCCGAAAAAGCUACGUUAUCAAUAUGGUUUCCGUGAAAGUCCAAAAACUCCAGUAGGAUUCAAAAUACAAGACAUCAAUUCCACUAAUAAAAAAUCAGACAAGAAAUCUUCUCGAAAACUCAAAACUACUUCGGGUUCAUUUAUCGAAGAAGAUCUUAUCAAUUCGAAGGUGUCCAAUGCAAAUGCAAAUUCAAAUAAACCAAGAGGUCGAAAGCGUAAGAUCCUUAAUAUCGAAGAACCAAACCAUACACUUCCAAAAACACAAUGGACCCCGUCGGGAGUUUUUGUCGAAGAAGACUUAUCAUACGCCCGUCCAUUGGCCAAUUCAACAGCUACUCAAUUUUUAGUAGCUCCCUUAAGUAGUGGGAAAAAAUCGAAGACAGUCGAAAUUAUAUCAUCGUCAACAUUAAAUACAGCCCUCAGUUUUAAGAAAAACGCUAUAAAUAAAGGAGUACGGAAAGGUUCCCGAGAAAUUUUGCACGUUAAAAACCGUAAAAUUGUUAAUAAUCAGUUUUAGAUUAUCUUGUAUCAAACAAAAGAAAAACACAAAUCCAAUCGGUGGACUUCUGUUAUUUAUUAUUAAAAAAGCUUGCACAUUUCGGUUGUCCGUAUUUUGCGUCUACCCUAAAAUCAAAAGGAAUUUUGUUUAUGUUUGUACUAUUUACUUUUAUUAUUAAGUUUUUUUUUUUUUUUAAUAAAUACAAAUCAAUUAUA